AUAAGCAGAAAAACUUUAAAAUUAAAAGCUCUUAAAAUGAACACAGAUUUGUACUGCAUAAUGCUUUUUUCUCUCAGUCUUAGUCAUGACAUUAUUCACAGCUUUGCCUUGUUAUCAAGCAAAUUUGUUUGUUUUUCAGUGAUUUUACUCGUUAUUACCUGUAAUUUAACCAAACAGGGAGAAUAUGUAAAAGAAAAGUAAAGUAUUCAGAAAAUUACAGUUAUAAAUAUAAAAAAAUAUCUAAAUUCUUACAGUGUUACCAAGAACAUGCAUACAUAACUACACACAAAAAUGCAAUACUUUAUAUUAACUUUUACCACAUUUAGUACUGUAUACAUUUUAAAAUUAGAAGUGUUUUGUUUAUAGUAUUGUACAGCAAGUUUUUUGAGUUUAUACUAACCUUAAUGUUAAUGUUAAUCUGGUUACUAAGCUGCUUGUUUUGUUGUUGUUAUAUGUAAGCUACUGAAUAUUUGAAUUUCCCUCUGGAUUAAUAAAGUAUCUAUCUAUCUAUCUAUCUAUCUAUCUAUCUAUCUAUCUGUCUAUCUAUCUAUCUAUCUAUCUAUCUAUCUAUCAAAAUUAAGCACAUAAACACUGUUAAAAAUAGAUGUUGUGGUAGUUGUUAAAGGAGGAUCCUCUUUCCACAGUGCAGACCUCAUAAUCACCUCUUAUUCUCAGUGAUGGAACUAAUGCUCCACAUAGAGAACACUGCUCAGUAGAACAUGCAGUAACUUUUGGUUCAAACUGGUUUCCUCUGAAGUAUAGCUGAGGCAACAGCGCUCUCUACUGGGAAAAACAACAAAUCAACUCAUGCUUCUGAUCACUGGAUCUCCUGUAGCUCUGUGCUUUAUGUUCAAUUCUGUCCUACUGUUGCUUUUUUUUUUAAACUAUGUGCCUAAACAUAACCGCCUGGAAUACCUGUAAUCCAAACAGAUGAAAGCUUUCUGUGUCCCAUCAGUUAGUUUCAAUAUGAAAUGAGAAAUACCUCCACACAUAAUCCUCACUUCACAACUUCUCGCUCGUGUUUCUUCCUCUGUUUUCUGAGUGCUAAGCCGCAGUCCCUGCAAAUGUAAAAAACCCCUCACUUUUAUUUAUUGUUCUUAAAUUGCACUUUGGUCCGUGUUGGGGACUGAGAGUGGGGACAAAGUGCACAGGACGCAUGUAAGGAGGAGGGGGUGAAGAGGAGGAAGGUUAAAAAAAAGAAAAUUGACCUUUGAAAGCAAAACAGCAGGUGGAGAGCUAAAAAUCAGGCAGCUCGGGACACAACGGGAGACAAUUCAAACGAGGAAAAUGAAAGGAAACUUUCUGUAGAGCUGAAGAGGGACUGCAGAUAUGAGAAUGAGGCCCGGCUGUGUGGCUGCUAUUUGACUGAGGCAACGCACAUGAGAGCAGUGUUGGUUUGUGAGGCAGCGGUGAGGAAGAGCAGAAGACUAAUGGAGGGAGAGGAGAGGGCCGGGGCAGCCAAGGGGAGGCCGAGCCGUCUGACUGCCCUCCAGGAGCAGCUGAUCUGGGCCCUGCUGGAGUCUGGACUGACCCGGGACGUCCUGGUCCAAGCCAUGGGGGAGCUGGAGCGAAACAGGGCCAGUGCCGGUGCUGAGAAGGCAGACAGAGGGGAUGGAGAGAGCUCAGAGGAGGGAGAAAUGGACUUCCCACCGCCUAUAUUCCGAGACCUGGAUAAGCUUCCUCCAGAAGAAGCGUCCAAACUGAGGGCUGAAGUCGACCAGUUGCUGCAGGAGGACCCCUGGCAUGUUGCAAAAAUGGUGAAAAGCUACAUGCAGCAGCAUAACCUACCUCAGAGGGAGGUAGUGGAGUCAACAGGGCUCAACCAGUCCCACCUCUCACAGCACCUCAACAAAGGCACACCCAUGAAGAACCAGAAGAGAGCUGCUCUGUACAGCUGGUACGUCAAGAAGCGGUGCGAGAUCAGCCAGCAAUUUACCAACGCCAAACAUGGCCUCGCGACUGUGGAGGAGCAGGGAGAGGAGACCAAGAAAGGCCGGAGGAACCGGUUCAAGUGGGGUCCAGCAUCCCUGCAGAUCCUCUUCCACGCCUACGAACGACAGAAGAACCCCAGCAAGGAGGAGAGAGAGGGCCUGGUGGAAGAGUGUAACAGAGCUGAGUGUCUCCAGAGGGGCGUGUCUCCCUCCCAGCUUGCUGGUCUGGGCUCCAACCUGGUUACUGAAGUCCGAGUUUAUAACUGGUUCGCCAACCGCCGUAAAGAGGAGGCCUUCCGUCACAAACUGGCCCUCGACACACCCUUCACCAACCAACCUGCCUCCUCCUCUAAUCCCACCCUUCCGCCCAGUCCUGAGCACGGUGUGAAAUACAGCCAGCAGAUCUCCUGUGACACAGGGAGCUCAGCCAGAGGCAGCGGAGGGGAGAGAGUGGGACGACUGGUGGCCAGUCCUGUCCAGCUGGAGCCCAGCCACACACUCCUGGAGGGCCACAACCUCAAACCAGUGUCCAGCGGCGGCCCACUACCCCCAGUAAGCACUCUGACCUCUCUGCACAGUCUGUCGGCCUCCUCUGCUUCCUCUCAGAGCCUCAUCAUGGCCUCGGUGCCCGGCGUCAUGAGUCUUGGGGAGUCCUCUCUUCUCAUUGGUUUAGCCUCCACACAGCCGCAGACGGUGCCCGUCAUAAACAACAUGGGCGGCGGUUUCACAACUCUCCAGCCAAUCUCAUUCCAGCAGCAGCUUCACGGCUCCCCCCAGCAGCCAAUAUCACAGCAUCUUCAGAGCCACAUGGCUGCCAGUCCCUUCAUGGCCACCAUGGCACAGCUGCCGUGUCACAUGUACAAGUCGGAGUCGCCCCAGUACCAUUCAUCCAGCCUGCUGUCUCAGACCAUGGUCAUCACCGACAGCAGCAGCCUCGGCACUCUGACCAGCCUGGCUGCUGUCAGACAGAUUCUGACAGCAGAUCCUGAGGAACAGUCAGACCCGCCUUUACAGGAGGAUUCUCUCCACCUGCAGCCGCACACACCUGUACCAGCUUCUUCUGAGAGCCUGGAGCUGUAUCCUGCCUCUCAGUCUACAGAAAGUCAUCCGUCUCACCUCCUCUCACCUUCACCUCCAGACAUCAGCUCCUACAUUCCUACACAAAUGGUGUCAACGGCGCAGUAAAGUACCCUGUCCAUGUCCUCGCCGUGUCUGGGAUGGACAGCUACCUCUGGUGCAAAUUUUCUGAAAACAACCUGGAAUCAAGGCCCAAAGGACGACUCAGCUUUGAAGCAUCAAAGACUGUCAGACUCCCUCUUCAUGCAGCAGAGAAUCAACUGAAAAUCAACACCAAUAUGUAUUUUUUUAUUAAAAUGUUUUGUAGUAUUAAAAAAAUGUAAAUUGAAUUGAAA